CUUGCCUGCAGGUUCUAACGAAAGAUCGCCGCGAACAGUCCACUCCGGAAAUCUACCGGGAAAAUAAAUACAAAAAAAAAAAUAUAUAAAAACUUUACUUUGAAAGAAAUGAGAUUUAUUCUUUAAUUUGCAUCUUUUUUGAACGUAAAUUAAAUAGAAAAUCCUCUGGACGAAAGCACAUAUAGGGAUAUAGUACGACAACUAUAAUCAAAACAAAAACAACAACAACACCUACACAAUGGAGAGAUUGAGCAGUUUACAAGCUUUGGGGCCACAUUUUGCCGCCCUGUCUAAUGGAUCAGUCACAGACAAGGUGACGCCCGAUAUGGCACACUUAGUGCACCCCUACUGGAAUCAAUUCCCAGCUAUGGAUCCCAUGUGGGCGAAAAUCCUAACGGCGUACAUGAUCAUAAUCGGCAUGAUUUCAUGGUGUGGAAAUGGCGUGGUGAUUUACAUCUUUGCGACGACGAAAUCAUUGCGCACACCUGCUAACCUGCUGGUCAUCAAUUUAGCGCUAUCCGAUUUCGGUAUUAUGAUUACAAAUACGCCAAUGAUGGGUAUCAAUUUGUACUUCGAGACCUGGGUCUUGGGACCGGCCAUGUGCGAUCUGUAUGGCGGCUUGNGUGGUGAUUUACAUCUUUGCGACGACGAAAUCAUUGCGCACACCUGCUAA